AUGGAUAUGGUGUGUGGUGUCAUGCAGCUUCUUCAAGCCAUCUACAACAGCCUACCCUUUAAUCCCUCAAACAUCAACGAUGCAAACUUCCUGACAUCGAAACUCACCAGGCCGGAUAUUGUCAGUAGAAUUAACAGACUUAUCGAAUUCUCAGAGAUCCGGACUCAAUUGUUAGAGAAAACAACGUCCACGUCUGAAAAUGUAGAACAGGAUUUUAUUUCUUCUGUGGAUAGUUCAAAACCUUCGACAAACAUCUAUGAAGAUGAGAAAGUGAAGAAUACUCAGUCUGCAGACGCGACCUUGACCUCAAAUGUAUCACAGCUUAUUGUGGAGGUCAGCUGUGAGGACAGCCCAGAGAAACCAGACAUUCAGACUCUUCAUUCAGAAAAUAGAUCUACUGAACAUCAUUCUGAGCUAAAAAGUGGGGAUUUCGAAGAAUGUCAUCAAAUGUCCUCUCCAGAUUGUGAAACUGCUGUAAAAGAGAAACCACCAGAAGGCAGUUCCUAUAUACGAGAUUCUACCAAGGUAACACCUCGAACAAAACACUUGGAUGUUGCUUCUGUCCAUCAUAUGAAUGAUGUCACUGCUGACCCAAUUCGUUGCAUUGGUGCACUGAUUACGACUCUCAAGGGUGUCAAGGUCAAUUAUAUCCACUCCAUGAAAUGCCUCAAGCGUCGACAUAGAAACUGUGAGUACGGCAUGUGUUACGAUCACCACCACGACAUCCUGGGCAGUCCUCAUUAUGCCAGCAGUAAUUCCACUCAGUAUUACACCAACGACGCAGAUUAUGAACACAGUCCUAGUCACAGUCGCCAUCUUAGUCGAAGACAAUCAGUGAAGUCAUCACUAGACAUGUCGUCAGCGCCAGGUACAUGUGUAGUUGCUGAGCUAGCUACCAUUUUACUGGAUUACAUCUCUGAAGCCAAAUUCAAAGCCAGUCGUAUUCAUCUGAUGUCCACUCUUCGAUCAGUUGGUGUCUGCUGUUGCCUGCAGCCAGAAGCGGUCAUUUCUGCCAUUGUGCCUCAACUUCCAGUAUUUUCUCAUGCGGUUCGAAGCUACGCCCUGGACACUCUGACCUCAAUCCUGUUAGAUCAUUUCCAAGGUGCACAGGAAGCUAGGGAAGUUAUAAAAUUGACACCAAAUAGCAACAGCACAAAAAAUUCAGAGAAAUUCAAAUCUGCAGAUUCUUCAGUUGCUUCUUAUGAUUCUAGUCGAUGUGUCCAUUGUUACCUGGAAGGUUCAAGCCCACUUCUAGCUGGCCUUCCUACAGCCAUGGAUUCUGGUUUUUCUAGCUGUGAUAUUGAGGAGAUGAGAAGACAGAAGCUUCUUGAGCGAUGGAAGUCUCUGAGGCUUCUGCAGAAGAUCAUCAUGUCCAAGGAUGAAGGGCUAGCUCUCACGUGUGCCAAGCAUUUAAUGACUCUCGCCAUCAGGGGCAACAGCCAGAUUAAGGAGGAGUUGUUUUUUGGAGUGUAUUUACAUGUGCUUUUUAUGAAAGUCCGUAUGCCGAGACGAUUUUCAGAGCAGUCUAGAUGUUCUUUGUUUACUGGAAAUUUGUUGGAUAAACCUAACACAGGAGAUUUGUUGGAUAAAACUAACGCAGGAGAUUUGUUGGAUAAAACUAACGCACAAGAUUUGUUGGAUAAAACUAAUAAAGUCAGUAAAGACAUGACAGCUUCAGAUGCAGGAUUAUUAGGAGAUAAUCAAUCGUCUGUGCCGUCAGUGUCAUGUUCUAUUUCUCGUUUGAACUCACAAGAGUCUCUUAAUGACUCAUUUAUCAUAGGUGGGUCAUUAGCUUCAACGGACCUAUCCACCACAGACGACAGCCUCUUUGUGGGAUCCGUCUCAAGCUCGGUAAUGCUUCUGUGUGUUUCUGCCCUGCCAUAUGUUUUACAGGUGGACAAAGUCAUGUCUAUAUUUCUGGCUAAGAAAGGUUUAGCAAAACUGACAGACCUUUUGGAGUACGAGCAGCUGCGAUCUCCAGUGAUGAGUGUGUUCGAAGCCUUAAUCAUGAUUGAUGAACGUCGGCUACGGGACAGCCAUUCUGACCACAGGUCUGUGUAUGAAGGAGGUGGGGUCAUUCAAACUUUCAUAGACACACUGGCUAAACGAACUUGCAUGGUCACAGCCACUUUGCAGCAGAUCAGCUUGCAGAACUCCAAGGACAAGACAAGUCGGAGCCCCAAGACGUUGUUGAUGGACGAUGAGCUCAUGAAAGCAUAUAAAUCGUCAGUCAGUGAUGAAAGCAGUAGUGCAUCUGCUGAGAAGAAAUCUACUUCCAAAGAGUUUUGUGUAGAUGAGAUCACAUCCAGCAACAUGAUUGAGACACUUCCAGUGCUGCUGGAUAUGUGGAAAACGUGUGCCAAGUUGUGCAUGAACAGUCGCAUGUUCCGGGCAUAUUACCGAGAAUCACCAUGUCUGUAUGUAGUUCAGGAAACCUUGGUUCUUGCUCUGAGCUUACUCGGUGAGCUCAGCGAAACCAGGAGAUGGUCCAUCGACAUCGACUGCCUUCCUCAGUUUACCGCAGCCAACACUGCCUCAACUGAUACCACUGACAUCAGUAGAGAAAACAUCACCAGAAGCUUUAGCGUGGAGAACACCAAGUUUGUGCGCAGCUUCAGUAUCGAACCAGCGGCUGCUUCUGAGGCUGUUGGUGAGGAUGAAGACAGAUCCAACAACAUCCUGUUUAGCCAUGAAGCCAAGCUGGAGUUUAUUGAAGCUGUGAUGAUGGUCUGCUUCUCCUGUCACACGAUAUCCCCGUCACAGACGGUAAGCUGGAAGUUAAACCUCUCCUGUCACAUGAAAUCCCAUUUACAACUAAACAGCAAUCAGUCCGAGGUCGCCUGCAUGCUUGACAAAACCUUCAUAACACAAGCCAGAAAAUGUCCGCCCAAACAGCAUUUCCUUCAGGGACAUGAGGAUGAGCUGUGGCUUCGUUUAAACUCAGCUUUGAAAAGCUGCAUCCACUUGGAGGCAUCUAAACUGUCGGCUGUAUUCCACAUGUUGCUGAAUGUUGCACUUCCCCGCUGCCCGUCUGUUCUGGAGUACUCAUAUUCCCAGAUUGUAUCAAUGCUGAACCUCAGGGAACGAGAAGACAUAGCAGAUGAGGACGAAGUGAAGAAACUGCUGCAGCAAGGCAUUGAGGAGGACGGGGAUGCUAUUUUCACGGAACAUGGCUACGAAGGCGACACCGAGUGCUCAGUUUGUUUUGACUGGAAGAAGGGUGAGAGUUGUUUCUGGCUAGAGUACAGUCUGGAGAACCAAGCAGUUCCAAACUCUGGCUCCUCGUCAUGCACCUGUUUCCCUGCAGUGUUCCGCCUCUUUGUGGAGCUAAUGAUUGCUUGUCACCGCAUUGCCUCAAGGGGAGUAAUCCUGCACACAGUGGCCUUGCGUCUGCUACAGACAUUGAGGUCAAGCAGGCGAGCAGUUAGAGCUUUCUGCUCCGAACAUCUCCUAGAAGUUCUGAUGGAAGGUUUCCAGGAAGUUUUAAUUCAUUGUCCAUCAAAUGGAAAACAAUCCACACUGCAAGAAAUCAUUCUGUCCCUGAUACAAGUGGCAGGACAAAGUGAGAUCUCCGCCUCCGAACUCAGGCGCUUCUUGGUGAUGUUUCAGAACAACACACAGACUACAAACUCCUUGUUGUCAACUCUGCUGGCAGUCAUUGAGAAGACGAUUGUUCUGCCGAACUAUUCAGCCGCCUUCCCAGUGAAAACUGUCAUGGGACCAGAAACAUCUUCCAGUUCUUCUGAGGCUUCAGAUAACAGAAAGAGCACACGAACAGAUCAGGCAGUCUGGCAGCACACGGCAGUGGAACUGGAUGUCCCUGGUAUCUCCUGGCCACCAAAUCCAUCAGGGUUCACCGUAGCUAUCUGGCUAUGUCUGGAUGAGUACCAAAUCUGUGUCAAGAAGGAUGUGGGCAAGAAGACUGCAAAAGACAGAGGCGGUAAACCUUAUUCUGGUUCUGAGGAGUUUGAUCGAAUGUUCACCAUUGGCCAUAGACUGUCUGUCAGUGAGUGCCUGCUUGUUUUUGCCAUUGGAAACAAAGAGAAGAUGUUUGAGGUGUGGGUACAUCCCAGAACAGGCUCUGUCUACUGCAGACUGACCACCGGUCUGUUCGAUGUUGGUGUGUUGAAGGACUGCACCUUUGAGCAUCUGUUGAAGCCCAACACUUGGCAUCUCCUGACAAUCAACUAUUCCGAGUCACUGGAUGGAAGCACAUUUAUGGGCAAGCUGAAUGUUCUACUGGAUGGCUGGCAGAGGCAGUCAGCAAUACUGGAUCAUUCUGCAUCAGUCAGAAGAAAAGAUCAGAAGAUUGUUCAACGUCCUGCCCUGUGUAUUGGAGAUGCCCGCCAUGGUGUCACCAAACUUCACACUGGAAGUUGGAAACUGGGAACUCUUCGGUUGUUUAGAGAUGUGGGUCUGAGUGAUGACUGGUGGCUGCACCUGUACUGUCUGGGCCCCAACUGUGAGGGUCUCAGCAAGUGUGACUGUGGGGAACUCAGGGCCUGCUACAUACCAGCCAUGCAGAAACACAAGGCAGGGGUCAUGAACCUGACCUGGGACGUCCUAGUUGGCAUGUCCCAGUUGUCAGAUCUGGAUGUGGCCAGGGCAGCGCAAGUUUUGGUUUAUAGAAUCAACCAACCAGAACAGUACACCAUCUUCACAUCUUCACAGUCACAUGUUGAUUCCACUCAUAGUGACCUUGGCUUGGUUCCACUGUCAGGGUCAGUGUCUGACCUCUUGACCCAGAAACCUGUUGCCAUGCCAGCACGGAUGAGGGGGAGGGUCAAGGUUAGAGAGCUGAACACACUAGAGAAGGCUAUUCAGCAGGCGGGUGGCAUUGAGGCCUUCUUGUUCUUAGUUGCUAAGAUUUUUGAAGACAGCAUGAAAGCGGUCAGUGCCGGUGGAAGCUUGGAGAUGGCGGAGUACCUACAAAGUAAAGCCACCCACAUCCUGUUUCAGCUGGUGCAUAAGUUUCCCACUCUGACGCAGGCUUUUAUGACCACCAACGGCUACGCCAUGCUGGCUAAAGUUUUGACCAGUUCCAAGAGCAUUGUUGGAUAUCAGUUGCUGAAGGUUCUGAUGGACGCUUGUACAACAGAGUCUGUGUUUAAAACCAGCCAGAACUCAUCUCGACCGGUCCUGCUGAACCACCCGGAAGCGGUUAUCAGGGACAUUGAGAUUCUGAGUCAGCUGCUUCUGCAUUGGAGAAUCUGGCACAAGGCGGGAGAUGAUGUCACAGCCACACUUUUCCAAGCUCUGGAGGCGCUGGUCAGCAGCCGACAUCCGCACCGCAAUUUUAAUCUGAAGCAGAUGCAGGCAGGUGGAGUUAUGAAUAAGAUCUUCAGUAUUUACUUGGAAAGAAUCCAAGAUGGCCAACCUUCCUUGUCUGUGAAAGUGAGCCAGUCAGCAGCAAAAGUGAUCACAGGUCUGCUAGGGUCUCCCCCAGAACUCCACUUGCUCAUGUCUCUCAUGGACUUCCUGUUGCUGGUUCACCCUGCUGCCAGUGGCUUCAUCAGUUUCACUCCAUCGUCCUUCUAUUUCAAGCUUUGGUGGGAAAGUGCCAGAUCCCGAGCCACCAGUUCCAACCAGCACAAGGCCAGGGUGGUCAACAAGCAUGCCAACAGCGAGUCUUCAGCUACAAGACAGACUGAGUCAACUGACCAGGUGGAUUCAAGGACACCCUCAGUCCAAGAGUCAGUGAAGUCUUCGAGUGCGCAGCUUUUGCCAAAAUCUCAGACAGUGACGUCCAUCAGCUGCUCCGCAGACUCCCAGGAGGAAGAAGGAAUCUACAAGUACCCUCCACUAAAGGCCACUAAAGCAGAGGACCAGCACAUCCUGGACACAGACACUGACCACGAAGUCAAGGCCAGUGGUCAUAAGAUGCAGCAAGAGACAUCUACAGCCAAGAAUGGCGAGGGUGUAACGAGGUCAGCAAGUUCCCUGGGGCAACAUGGCACAACUGAAAUUGCCAGAAGUUUUAGAGAUUCAGAUGACAGUCAACAGAAACCGCAGGAAGAAUCAGUCAUUGAAAAAAAAGAGGCAACUGAAGGACAAGACAAGGAGGAUCGGAAAGACUCUGUGGCCAAUGAAGACACUGAAGAUGAGGCCAGGAAGCACAUCCUGAUGUAUUUAAGUUCUGUUUCCGACAAACAAUCUGAUCUGGAUGAUGCCAGUGUUAACCUGACUGACAGUGGAGACUUGAAAACUGCCAUCCAGCAAGAGGAACAGAAAGACAGUGGAAGUGUAACAUUUGACAAAAAUAAUUCCAAGUCGGAGAAGACAGCAGAAGCUCCCCCUCGCCCGCUAGACGAGGAGGAAUCGGAUCAGGGACUGAUUUUGCUGUGUGUCAGUCUGAUUGAAUACUUGACCCAGAUUGUCCAUGAGUUUGCCGAGGCAUCAUUAGAUAAUGUCUUCAGUAAAGUGGUCAACCCCAAAAGUUUGCUAGUUCUGGCCAAGAACCCAUCCAGUGACAUGAGACUUGCUGUCAUCAAGCUUCUGGGUGCCUAUCUCUCGAAGGCGCCAUCAAAUCUCAUUGAUGCAUUCAUCAAAAUGGAUGGCUUUUACCUCCUGGCAAAUCAGCUGCGUUCAUUUUCUGUCUGCUGGCAACACGUGGAAACUGCAGUGUCCAUUCUUUUGGGACACAGGUUCACAUUUGAUGAUAAUUUCAUAGUUGAUGAUCUCGGAGAACUAUCCACGGUACAGCAGGCAGCCCCAGUCUUGCUGCUGUCCUUGUUGGAUGGCACAGCCUCCGAUACUGAACUGUGCCGCAACUCCCUCACUCUUUUAUCUCAGCUUCUGGAGGCCAACUCAACAAUGAGCACUCUGUUACUAGAUAUUGGCCUGGCGGAAACUAUGUGUAACCUGGCCACAAACAUACAGAGACGUAACAGCAGCAAACCCAGUCUGGAGGAGAAGGAGCUGACAAACGCACUUCUGAUCGAUGUGCAGCUUGUCCUGUGUUCUGCUUCUGUGAGAGAGUUUGGCUGGACAGGCCCGUCUCACUUCCAGAAUGUUGACGAUAUGUUCACUUUGCUGAAAGCCUUGGAAGACUAUGAGUUUAACAGGGACACAGAAGCCAGCAAGAAGAGAGCAGAAACAGCCAGAGCCUUUCAGAUUUCUCUGGUGGUGAAGAUUCUAGAAUAUGUUGAGAAGCGCAGCGGGGAGCUGAUGAUGGCCGCCAACAUGGGGUGGUUGACCGCCAGUACUGCAAUCUCUUCCAGUAACAAUAAACCCCGCCAUCUUGUGGCCAGAAACACAGUCUCCUCAAACUCUUUUUCCGCGCCUUUAUCCUCCAAUCCUCGCGUUAAGGCAGAUGAUGUUUCGUUACCGCUACGCCCACCACAAGUUGCCAACCUGAUAAUGAUGCGACGAACAACAUUCUCAUCGCCUGACAUCAUGGGUUUUCUCGCAGAAACCACCGACGAUAGAUCCAACAUCAGCAGCCAGAUCGACAGUGAUUCGUCAGGCUCCAUCCGUCCCAUGCUGUCACCGCGUCCAGAUGCAGGCAAUAAACCGUCUCGAUUGGGCAGCUUGUUUAGCCGAAAAAGGAAGCUCAUCUAUGCCAGUGUCAGUCAGUCAGACCUCUUAGACAGAUUCAAGAAAAUCCUCGUCAUGGCGGUGGAUUUGGCUGUCAUGUUUCCUCGUGAGGAGCAAGUACGACCCCAAGAACAGAGAACUCUGAGUUUUCUUAAAAAAGAAACAAGACCAGCGAGUCUGGAGGACCGCUACCUGAAACAUCUCUUCCUCUCAGUGUACAGAUUUUAUGAGCAGUCUCUGAACAAGGAGCUGAGUGCUAAGAAGUACAAAAAUCCAACGAUGCACGGAGCUAAAGAUGUCCUUAGAGUUCAGUUCACCCGGCUUCUUCUGUGCAUGAUGUCCUUGAAAGUGCACUUUGACCUCAGGACGUAUGCCUUGGCCUUCAUCAUGACUGAGCCGUACGGCAAGGACGCGGUCAAGGCCAUCAUUGCAGAUAAACAAGUGGGCACAGAACUGUGUUUCUACUUGUACAAUUUGCUGGCAACCUGGAAGGAUUGGUUAAACCCAACAGAAAGAGAAUAUGGUUUUGCUCUGAUGUCCAUUUUAAGAAACGCUGACUUUAGUAUCAACAAACCUGACGAGCCGCUGACCCAGGCUCAAGUCAAUGCCCUGGUGGAGGAAAAGAAACAGAUUGACUUGCGGUACAGGAAGGAGCUGGCUGUAUGGCUACAAAAGAGAGAAGUGGGGACUGUCAGGAUUACCAACAAGUUUGAGCCUGUGCGACGUCGCAUCGCAGAACAAGCCAUGACAGUGACUCAGGAUGUAACCCGUCUGCAAGUGGAGGAGCGAAAGAAAUUUGUAGCUCUUAUUAAACGGUCGAUGACCACGCAGAUACAGCUGAAGAAACAGUGGCAGGAGCUGGUGCAGAACCUUACCCAUGAGAGGGCUGUAUGGUACCAGAAACUAUCUUACCCACAAUCCUGGCAACUGGAUCCAACUGAAGGUCCUGGUAGGGUCAGGAAGAGGUUACAGAGAUGCCAUCUGGAAAUAGAAAGACGAUUUCUUUUGCCAAGUCAUCAACAAAAACUUGAUGCCGUCAAGGUGGACCCUCCUCUCAUCUUCCUGUUUGAAGACGAUCAUCAGAUGGCAGAUUCCGCAGCCUUGACCUACAGACUUUACACAAAUGAGAAGAUACAGCACACAUGCAAGUGUACGGUUGUGUCCCCUGCCAGCGAAAGCAAAGGGGAAUUACUUGUUGGUGAGGCUUGCAUCUUUUUUGUUGCUGACGGAGCUAUCACUGUGGCCAACUACACCCAGAUGUUGCUGGGAAACCUGGACCAGCUGUCAAUCACCUGGCCCCACACGGACAUCAGGGAGCUGCACAAACGCUGGUACCAGCUGCAAGAUGUGGGUCUGGAGAUAUUCCUCAUUAGUGGCCGCACCUGUCUCCUGGCAUUCCAGACCACACAGGAUCGAGAUUACUUGUACAACAUGUUACGAAGCUCGCUAGAGCUGCCCAACCUGAUAGCCGGGGAGUCACUUCAGGCGGUGCAACAAGCCUGGCUGGAAGGGGAGGUCACCAACUAUGACUACCUCAUGUACCUCAACAAGUUGGCCGGUCGCAGCUACGCUGACCUCAUGCAGUACCCAGUGUUUCCUUUUGUACUGAAGAACUACCACAGCAGCAUGCUGGAUCUGACCCACCCACAGGAGUAUAGAAAUCUACGAAAGCCUAUAGCUGUCCAGGAUAAGUCCAGAGAAAAGCGAUAUAGAGACAACUAUGAGUUUCUCUGCCAGGAAGCCAACAGGCCCCAUUCUGAUGACGAGAUGGUUCGUGUUGCCCCGUUCCACUACGGCAGCCAUUACUCCAACAGCGGGACAGUCUUACAUUACCUGGUUCGAUUGCCCCCAUUCACAAAAAUGUUUUUGACUUACCAAGACAGAAACUUUGAUAUCCCCGACCGAACCUUCCACAGCCUCAGCACCUCCUGGAGGUUGUCAAGUUUUGAAUCUAGCACUGAUGUUAAGGAGCUGAUUCCAGAAUUCUUCUUCCUUCCCGAGAUGUUCAUCAACAAUGAGGGUUUUGACUUUGGUUUGCGUCAAAAUGGUGAACGUGUCAAUCAUGUGACGAUGCCCCCAUGGUGUGGCGGUGAUGCUCGGCUGUUUGUGCUGAUCAACAGACAAGCUCUGGAAUCAACGAUCGUCACCAGGCACCUGCAUCUAUGGAUUGAUUUGGUCUUUGGCUACAAGCAGCAAGGAGAGGAAGCUGUCAAAGCCAUUAAUGUAUUCCACCCAUCGACUUACUUUGGUGUGGAUGCUAGUGGCAUCAAGGAUAAUGUAAAACGCCAGGCACUGCUGACUAUGAUUCGAACAUAUGGACAGACACCAAAACAGCUCUUCCGCAAUCCACACACAGCCAACCAGGUGCGCUGGUCUGUCGGAGACAGUGAGAAACACAAACUGUAUACGUGCAAGCCAGUUCCGACAGUGUCUGGUCUCAAAUGGGGUAAUUACGUUGGAUCGCCAGACCUGGCUCCACCUGUGUCGCAGGAGAUUGGCCGAGCCUCCAGCAUAAAAAGACUUGUAGCUGUACGCACUGGCCAAGUGUUUGGUGUGGAGAGAAACUCCAACAUUCUCUUACUUCACGCCAAGCAAAGAGAUCUGGCAGUUCGAUCUGUGGAUGUCAUGUGGGCUGGUGUGAUUACGUGGGGUUACCAUGACAACAUUAUCCGCAUCCGCAGCUACCAGGAUAAGCCUCUGAUCAAUUUCCUGCCUCCACAGCCUUCUUGUGGGAGAAUCUCAUGUGUGGAGUCGGUCCCAGAUUGCCGCUUGUUGUUCAUAGCUGGGUCUGCAGGGAUCAUCAAUGUCUACUCCAUGACCCACAAUUCCUCAAAG